AUGGUCGUGGUACUUCCUGGCGACGUGGUAGCCGACGCGGCGCCGUCACAGAAUGAGAUCAAGCUGGGGCCAAGUUUGCUGCCUACGCCCAAUGCAUCACAGGCACCAGCAUCGCUGACGAGUAUCCGCAGUGGCGCGCUGGGUCACUUACAGAUGCGCCAACGUUCACGCGCCGAAGGCUCGCAGUCCACCACCCAAAUCCACGGCUGGUAUGUGGAAGGCGGUGCACGUCGAUACGUACCGCAAACUGGCGAUCGUGUAAUCGGCCAGGUGACAAACCGCGGGAUGGAAUCAUAUACGGUGACACUUUUUUCUGCUCAAGCCGCAACGUUGCCUGUGCUGGCGUUCGAGGGCGCCACACGGCGCAACCGGCCCAAUCUAGAGAUCGGCGCACUGGUAUACGCACGUGUCGUUAGCGCUGAGCCAUGGACAGAGCCAGAGCUUAGCUGCAUCGAUGCAGUGACUGGCAAAGCGGACGGCAUGGGCGAAUUGCAGGCCAAGACGCCAGACGUAGCGAUGGUGUGGCAGGUCCCUACCUCACUUACCCACAGCUUACUUCGCCCACAGCAUCCACUGCUCGGCCAGGUGGCCAAGCACUUUUCGUUUGAGGCGGCGAUCGGUGCCAAUGGUCUGGUAUGGGUGCGCACAGCGUCCCCCGAGCACGCCAUUGCCAUCGGACGCAUCUUGGAAGCUGCCACAAAAGCCAGCGAAGCCCAUGCGUUUUCGUCACCAAAAGAAGAAGAGGAAGAUGCGGAUACCAACCCCACCACGUUGCAUCGGCGCGUAGCGCUCUGUGGUACCCUGCCUCCUGCGACGAUUGCGCGUCUUGCACGCUCUGUAUAA